GAGAAGGAACUAUGCUGCUUUGGGACCCGGAAGGCUGGCGUACAAGGGACCCCUUUACUGUCAAGUAUGAGAUGUUUGCCAUGAGACUGAAUUCAGAGGAAGGACGACUCGUUACUCUAUGGAGAUGUGUUUCUGCAUCAGUUUGGGGCUCUUGGAUGAGAGAAUGCAGGUCUGGUAACUCCCAACAGCUUCCACGGUCAUCUGCUCGAAGUUGCUAGAAGAUUUAACCAUCUAUGUAAACAGGCAAGCCACUCCAGUGCCAGGGAAGGAUGCAUCCGCUUCCAGUCCUGGCUUCACUGUGUCUCUUCUCCCUUCCUGGAAUUCUCAUGAUCUACCAGAGGCCAACUGGGAAUCCAGCCACGCCUGUGCCCCUCCAGUACUUGCUGGAGCCAAUGAGCAACAUUGUGCACACCCAGAGAGGAGCCACUGCCACCCUGCCUUGUUUUCUGCGGGCUCUGCCCCAAAACUAUAAGGUCAGGUGGAGCAAGGUGGAGCCGGCUGAAUAUAUGGAAGUCGCCAUCCUGAUCACCAACGGCGUCCAUCAUAAAGCCUAUGGUCCGCUGGGCAGCCGGGCCCACCUGCGGCGCCGCCACCACUACGAUGCCUCGCUCACCAUUUCCAACGUGGUGCUGGAUGAUGAGGGCCGCUACCGCUGCCAGCUGAUCAAUGGCCUGGAAGACGAGAGCAUCUCGCUGGUCCUGCAAUUAGAUGGCGUCGUCUUCCCCUACCAGACCAGCCAUGGGCGCUACAGAUUCAACUAUUUUGAGGCCAAGAAAACUUGUCAAGAGCAGGACUCCCGGCUGGCCACGUACGGACAACUUUACAAAGCAUGGACAGAAGGGCUGGACUGGUGCAAUGCAGGAUGGAUCCUGGAAGGAACAGUGCACUACCCCAUCAUCAAUUCCCGGGAGCCCUGUGGGGGCCGCCUCCUUCUGCCAGGGGUCCGGACCUAUGGCAACAAGGACAAACUGAAGGACCGGUUUGAUGCCUUCUGUUUCACUUCAGCUGUGAAAGGCCGGGUCUAUUUCAUCAGGGGCCACCUGAAUUUCAAAGAGGCUGCUCAGGCCUGCCGCAACGAUGGAGCCACCAUUGCAAAGGUCGGGCAGCUGUUUGCAGCAUGGAAAUUCUCCCAGCUGGAUCGCUGCGAUGGAGGGUGGUUGGAUGAUGGCAGCGUCCGCUACCCGAUUACCACCCCCCGUGCCCACUGUGGAGGUGUCCCAGACCCCAGUGUCCGCAGCUUUGGCUUCCCCAGCAAGUUACGGAAGAAGUACGGGGUCUAUUGCUUCUCCGUGAAGUAGGAAGGGUGAGAGACACGGAUGGAGUAGGAGAGGACAGCUAAGGAAGCCCACACAAAAUGACAACCUUCUCUGUUAAACAACCUCUUUUCCCAAGAAGACCCAGCAGUGUGUGUGUGUUGGUGUCUAACAAGGAC